UAAAAUAGAGAAAAAAAAGAAAAGAAAAAAAAAUGAAAAUGAUGGUUGGGAUUUUAAUGACGAAUGGUUUGACGGCACAUUCGAAUAAUUAAGACCGAAUAUGCUCCAACCGCUAAUGUCUUCCUCUUGCGUCUUGGUUUUCUGCUCAUCAACUACUUUCUUUAAUUGGAGUCUGGCGGAUUGGUCAUCUGGGUGGUCUCAAAGAUUGAAUUUUGAGGUAGUUUUGGUGGUUGAUUGAAUUAAAGUCUGGUGCUUUGAGCUAUUUAGCCUGAAGAUUAGAUUUCUUGAGGAAUUCAACAGGCUUUGUAAAUUAUGAUUGAGUUUCGAGAUUUUGGGAAUUGGGUGGUUUGAGAAAUCAAAGAGGGGAGGAUGUACGCGGUUGGGAGGUUAGGGAGCUACAUCUCGAGGGGGGUAUACACCGUCUCGGGGCCCUUUCACCCUUUUGGUGGAGCUGUGGAUAUUAUUGUAGUUCAACAAGAAGAUGGGAGCUUCAAGUCUUCGGCAUGGAAUGUCAGGUUUGGCAAGUUUCAAGGAGUUUUGAAGUCCAAGGAGAAGGUGGUGAACAUUUGUGUAAAUGGAGAGGAGGCUAGUUUCCACAUGUAUUUGGAUAAUAAAGGGGAGGCCUACUUCCUUAGGGAGGUUGAUGCAAAAGAAGGGGAAUCUGUGUUGUUUCCUUCCACGUCUUCCAGUGAUGAGACGGAUGAGCAAUCUCGAGAAAAGAGGCAGCCAGUGAAGUCCAAAAGUUGCAAGUAUGAUGCUGAAAGUUUGAUUGUUGAUCACAAUAAUAAGUGCAAUGGGAAGGUAUUAUCCAGGACAAAUUCCCGGAAGUCGCGGAUAUUUGGGAUAUUUGGAAGCAGGUCAAUGAAGGAGAGAAUGACGGUCAACGAGGAGGCAGAGGGUGACAAUAGCACGAUUGGAAGGGUGGAUUCUUUGGAGCGUGCAGAGUUUGCGGCCAACCUUUUGGAGGUGAAAUGGUCCACUAGUCUUGCCACCAAGAAAAACAGGAAAGAGGGUGGUUCUCGUCUCUCUUGUCCUGAUAUUUUGGAGAGUGGAGUUGAUGAAGAUAUGCAGAUUAGUUCUGAGCACCGCCGGGUUUGCUCAUCUCUACCUGAUUGUGCUUUGCAGGAGGCGACUGCCUUCUGCAAUUCCCAAAUAGGCAAUGAUCCUCUGUCUCGCUUUGACAAAACACCUAGUUAUGCGGAGGAAGCUAGUCUAAUUUCAUGUUUAAACACCCCGAAUAUAGUGUCUAGAGUAUGCAUAGAAUUGGAUGAGUCUGGGGCAACUGAAAAUGAUGGAAAUGUAAAGGCACUCGUACCCAAUAUCACAGGUUCGGAUCCUACAAUUCCACACUCACUAGAGGUGGAAGCAUUUCCAUUUCCUGGAAAGCGUUUUGUUGGACAGGUUUUUGAUGACAAAGGUGUUGUACUAGCUGGCUGUGGCAUUUCCGAGAAGGGCGGUGGAAUAGAUAGAGUUGAAUCCUUUAUUUACUGUCAAUCAUCAGAGAGUGCAGUAGUGGGAACAUAUGGUUCCAGCGAACAAACUCAUGAAAAACUUUACAUUGCUAGAGGAGAUUGUGGAAAAGUUCAUGUUCAUGCCGAAGCAGUACAUGCCAGAACUGAACUGCUAUCUAAGGAAGCAGUUACUGAGCAGUUUGUUGAAGAUAUUGCCUUAAAGGUGCAACCAUUGGAGGCUCCUGAAACUUAUUCUCACGAAACAGCUCAUCAUUCUUGCAUAGGUAACCAUAAUGGGGACCUUGGAGGGCCAGCAAAAGAUCCAGAGCACUGUAGUCAAAUGGUCCAUAUUAAUGCAUUGCCUGAUUCAGUUGAGAUUGAAUCACGUAUCCUACCUAGGUUAAGCAAUUCUGACCAUCAAGUUCAAGAUGAGAAAGAAUUUAAAGGCGAAGAUAUCACAUGUGAUGUCCAAACCUCUCCCGGGUACAUUAGUGGUUCUGAAAUCACUCAAGCCACAAGUGUGGUGCCACCAGGGAGAUUAGAAGAAGAACAAUUCCUUUUCAGUGACUCUGACGAACUCAACACCACUAAGGUUCAAUGCACGGAGUCAAGUUCUUCACAAUGUGUAGAUGGAGAAAUUAGUGUCUUGUAUGGUCCAGAUGGCAGUAAAGAAUUUAAUGGGUCAGCAGUCAGUACAAAUUAUGAAUCAUACUCAUCUCCAGAAAAGUUUGCUCAAGAAAUCCCCUCAACUGGUUUUGAGAAAGUUAUAGGUAAACUGAAGGCAACAUCAACUACAGUCGACAUCCCCAGAAAUCAAAAGGCUGCUGAUAAGGAAGUUGGGAUGCUGGUGGGAUCAUUGCCCAGUAUGUGGCAUCAGACUGACAAUUUGAGUGCAUUGGAUCUUGAUGCUCCUUUAAGCCAUUCGCUGGACUCAAAAGCCAAAACCUUGAAGUGGAUACAGCAAAAUAGAGAUGAUUUGAGCUGUAUAAAGUUGGACAUAGAGCAACAGUUACCUCUGGUGAAGCUAGACGCUGAGAAUGCUGAGGGUACAGAGGAGCUCAAAGAUGUUCCCGGCAGUCCUGCACUAGGAGAUCCAUCAAAAGCUAGUGUUACCCCUAGUGGAAGCUGGAAACUCUGGCCUUUCCGUUUCAGGAGAACAAAUUCCCAGAAGGCUAUGCAACCAAAUCUGAAUGAUUGUGGAAGUCCUGAAGUUGAGAAUGCUUCAGAGAGCGUGGUUGGUGUGGAUAGUAGUAACAUUGUGCUUACACCAAAGGGGAUGAAGAAAACAGAAAGGGCAACCUCUCCAACAUCUGAGCAGUUGGCAUCCUUAAAUCUAAAUGAAGGGAGAAAUACAGUAACUUUCACAUUUUCUACUGCAAUGCUAGGAAAGCAGCAGGUUGAUGCCAGAAUUUAUCUUUGGAAAUGGAAUACUCGUAUAGUGAUCUCAGAUGUGGAUGGGACAAUCACAAAAUCAGAUGUUCUAGGUCAGUUCAUGCCCUUGGUUGGUGUAGAUUGGUCACAAACAGGUGUCACACAUUUGUUUUCAGCCAUUAAGGAAAAUGGAUAUGAAUUACUUUUUUUGAGUGCACGUGCCAUUUCUCAGUCCUCUCAGACGCGACAAUUUCUGUUUAACCUUAAGCAGGAUGGGAAGGCUUUACCUGAUGGGCCUGUUGUUAUUUCUCCAGAUGGACUUUUUCCUUCUCUUUUUCGGGAAGUUAUCCGGAGGGCUCCUCAUGAAUUCAAGAUUGCAUGCUUAGAGGAUAUCAAAUCACUGUUCCCUUCUGAUUGCAACCCGUUCUAUGCUGGUUUUGGAAACAGAGAUACUGAUGAAUUCAGCUACCUUAAGGUUGGAAUCCCCUUGGGUAAAAUCUUCAUCAUUAAUCCCAAGGGUGAGAUUGUUGUGAACCGCCGUGUUGAUGCAAAGACAUAUACCUCCCUUCAUGCUCUCGUAAAUGGCAUGUUCCCCCCCACAACCUCCUCACACGAGCAGGAGGAUUUUAAUUCGUGGAAUUUCUGGAAACUCCCACCACCUGAUGUCAGUUGAGGUGUAAAACAGUCUUUGGCCUUCUUUGGUCCUCUCUAGAUAUGUAAAUAGAUGAGUUUUGCGACGCUUGUUUCAGAAUUGUCAAGGUAAAUUCCAACUUCACAUUUGCUUAAUCUGUCAGAAACUCAGUGUGGAGUUUUGGUUGUAGAAUGACAGUGCAGCAUCCAAUGAACUUUCAGAAUAUGAUCGCUGAAGUUCUGCUUUGCUUCAUUUUUGCUGAGCUGGCUGAUAUAGUGGCGACUCGAAGCAAUAUAUGGAAGACAUACAGAAAAACAGUUGGACGGAGGGAUCCUGCUCCAGUUGGUCUCGUUGUUUUUCUCUGUUAAAUCCAAUUUUGUCUAGUUCACGUAUUUUAGUCCCAUGAACACUUCGAUUUGUAAGUAUUAUUGGACACCGACAUGGGUAAUAGGCUGUUGCACAUAUUUCAUGUACAGAAAUUAUUUAUAAAUGUAAAUUCAUUUUUCAUAUCCUAUACAAUCGUUCUGAUCCUUUC